UUGCGGCGUAGAUCGGAACGCUGACCGCGGGCGUGGGCCAACCUGAUUGGUCCACGUAGCUGUGUCGUCGACUUUUUCAAAAACGUCAAUUCAAAUUUAAAAAUGGACAUUCAAAAUUCGCUUUUCGUUUUAUAUAACAUCGUUGUUUUCAAAAUCGCAUAUUGUAAUCGCUAAUUAGUUUGAUUAAACCAAAAUAUCAAAAGUUCUCUUUUUUCUUCAAAUACCAAGCGCAAACAUAAAUUUGUGGACCUUCUGCACCGGAUAUAUACGAAAACGCUGACUUCGAGACGCGCAGGAUACGGUCAACCUAUCCAGGAACCACCCAACCCGUUGCUUCACUUGGUUAAUAUAGUGCUGUUCCUUCGUAAACGUGCAUGUGCAACCUGCUAGCUGCUAUAAGUCCUGCUCAUUUCCUGGUUGGCCGUACGCUCACCGCACCUGCCUACGACAACCUGGUGGAGACGCCCACGCAUAGACUCGAUCGGUACCAGAGGGUUGAGCAAAUUCGACAACACUUUUGGAGACGCUGGUCGAAAGAAUACGUAUCCGAGCUGCAAACACGGACGAAGUGGAGACAAAACACGCAAGACCUUAAACCCAACACUAUGGUCAUCAUCAAAGAGGACAACUUCCCACCGUUGAAAUGGCAUCUCGGACGAGUCAUCAGAAACAUACCUGGGAAGGAUGGAAUCUCAAGAGUCGCGGAAAUACAAACUGCAUCCGGGCUUGUGAGGCGAGCUUAUGCGAAGAUCUGCCCAUUAGUCGACCCUGAUGAGGACAGUCUUGGAAGCCAAGAGUUCCAAGGCCGGGGGCAUGUUGCGGCGUAGAUCGGAACGCUGACCGCGGGCGUGGGCCAACCUGAUUGGUCCACGUAGCUGUGUCGUCGACUUUUUCAAAAACGUCAAUUCAAAUUUAAAAAUGGACAUUCAAAAUUCGCUUUUCGUUUUAUAUAACAUCGUUGUUUUCAAAAUCGCAUAUUGUAAUCGCUAAUUAGUUUGAUUAAACCAAAAUAUCAAAAGUUCUCUUUUUUCUUCAAAUACCAAGCG